AUGAAGCGCAAGGCUACAGAAUUGGAUGAGGGUGAUCCAUCGACAGUGCUUCAUACGAUACACGCGGCCGUGAAGAAGGAGACGAUUGAUGAAAAAUCAGUCGGCCCGCGAUUGCCGCGCAAGAAGGGACCUAAGCCCAAGCGAAUAAGACGAAUCAUUCUCAAGCCACUUACCGAAGACGAGGAAGAUAGCCUGCUCGACAAUCUGGACGCUUCCAUCCAGGAACGGAAGCAAAAUGACGAUCCCAUCCUCGCUCGCAUGCGACGCAAGCUCGCCCUUCGCCAGUUGAAGCGGGAGAAGGACAUGCGAACGUGGGACCUCGAUGUGCUGCUGAACAACCUGCUGGCACAGAAGCGUAAGCAGCUCUACUUUGACUGCACCACCGACAUACCUGUCCGCAGGGAGCCCGAGUACAAGAAGAAACUUCGACGCGCCAUGAAGAUCGAGGGAGCCGGCGCGACAGCCAUGGACGGCGGCCGGCCUCCAGACGCCCCCGAAUCGCAGGACUCGUUGCCCUCGACUUCUCUCGCCGCUCGCCCGCGCCGAGACGUGGUCCACUUCAAAGAGCGCCUGAUGGGGUACUUCCCCCAACACCACCACCACGUUGGCUUCAUCGCGUUCGGUUCAUCGGCUCACACCGCCACCUACCAUCUUCUCGUCGUUCUUGUCGUCAACAUUACCAGCGAGAACCUCUUCCGUAAGAUCGUGAGCCCGUACACGGGUCGGCCGCUGCUGCCCUACAUUCGACGCGACUUUGAAAGCCGAACGCCCAAGUUGCGUCUGCUCGAGGAGCUGAUGGUGGCGCAUCGAAAGCGCAUCUGCCGACCAGACGCCAACAAGUGGUACACCCGAGAGAUGAUCAACACCGUCCGAGCAUCGGCCACGGCGGCACCGUCGAUAGACUACACCUACCUGAAGCCGGCGCUCGUAGGGCGAGUGAACCGCCUUCUCUGUGAGGAAUUUUGGCCCGGCAUAGACGAAUAUCCGGACUUCACGGUGGUGGCCCUGUACAAAUCAAUGGUGGUCGGCGCAGCCUUCAUGACGCCCGAAGAGGCCUACGUAACGUACAUUGCAGUACAUCCCGAGUGGCGUGGCGCUGGCAUUGCCACCUUCAUGAUGUACCACCUCAUUCAGACGUGUCCGGGUAAGGAUGUGAUGCUGCACGUGUCCGCGACCAACGAUGCGGUGAUCCUGUACCAGAAGCUGGGCUUCAAGCCAGAGGAGUUUCUCGUGGACUUUUACAAGAAGUACUACCCCGACGACAGCCCCAUUUGCAAGCACGCCUUCCUCAUGCGCCUGCGGCGAUGA